GGUAUCGCUUGCCUUACAUCUCGAGAUGUGAGCAGAUUUCUCAAUGUCGCUUUCAAGGUUUACGAUUUAGCGACAAUAUGGCCAUCAACAGUAGAGGUCAUCAAUGGAAAUGUGGUAAAGGUGGAUGAAGACGGUGGCGAAACACUGACUGUUCCUGAAAUGCCUGGUCCAAGUAUAGUAAAGGAAAGCUUAUGGACUGAUAGUGAUGACAAAGAGAAAAUUUGUUUCUCUUCCAAGAUGAGCGAAGAGGGUCUCGUACCCGAUAACGUGUCGGAAUCUUCCUCGACAAGGUACGAGACUCGCAUCUCUAAUAGAUGUGCUUGUGAUACACCUGGCUCCAUCUUGGCUGGCAGCUCGAUCAGCAGAAGUAAGAGCGAAUGCUUUAUCUGA